CGCGAUUUUGCGAACUCCGUUUCGUUGCCUCCGAUCGAUCCCAAUUCCCGCAUGAAAAACCCAGACAAAAUCUUUUGAAAUUAACAGACCCAUGGAUCAGCAGAGCCGAGUUCUGUGUCCGGAGAACGAAGAAUUAGCCAAGUACUUCGUGCAGAAGAGGCAGGAGUUAGCUGAGAAGCCAAAAGGGAUACCGGAGAACACGGAUAAUACUCUCUCUAAGGCCUACUACAACAUUUGCAAUGCACAACAUCCCAUCAAGACCCUCAAAGAACUCAAUGCCAUCAAGGGUGUGGGAAAAUGGAUUCUAAGUCUUAUGAAAGGUUAUUUUGAGAGUACUCAAAGUAGUUCAGGAAGUUCACAAGCAGAAGACUCAACAAAGAACGAUAAGAGAACUAAAGGAAAAAGACGAUAUUUGCCACAAAGGAACUCUGUUGCAUAUGCCUUGCUGAUUACCCUAUACAGGGGCACGGCAGAUGAAAAUGAAUUUAUGCGUAAACAGGAUCUAAUUGAUGCAGCUGAAGCAAGUGGACUUUCUAGGGCACCAAUUAUGCCAGAAAAGGGAAAAGGGAAGCCUAGCCAAGUUGGAAGUUCUCCCAGGGACUGGUAUACUGGAUGGAGCUGCAUGUCAACAUUGAUAAAUAAGGGAUUAGUUGCAAAAUGGAGUAAUCCAGCAAAAUACAAAUUGACAGAGGCAGGCAAGGAAGUUGCGCGUGAAUGCAUGUUGAGAUCUAAUUUGGCAAAUUCCAGAACAAAUUUGACUAAUUUAGGGGCUUCUGAUCUGCAUAGAGAUGAUGUGUUGGAUCUGGGGUGUGCUCAGCCUGAUACUUGCAGAGAAGAAACAAUUUCUUCUGCUGGCUUUAGCCAGAAGAGCUCAGUAGAUGUCCCAGUUGAACUUCUUGAAAGGUUUAUGCCCAUGGGUUACUCUAAGGAACAAGUUCUUCAUGCAUUUUCUGAAGUUUCAGAAACUUCCCAGGAUAGAGAGUUCUCUUCACUAUGGCCUGCAGUCAUGUGUCACCUUCGAGAAGAUCGAGUUUAUGGUGGAGAAAAUCCUGCUUCAAAUCAUAGUGAUUUGGUGGAUUUAACUUGUGAUGGUGGACACAAUCCAGGCUUCAGUUCUCUUCCAAGUUUGUUUACCUUGAGGGCUUGCUCUUUAACUGAUUGCAUUGCUGAAAAGUCUAUUACAAAUGGUUUGGAAGCAAGUAUGAAUGUUUUAAGUUUGCCACCUCUGAGCUUGGGGGAGAGAUUUGAGGAUAUAUACGAAGUAAUCUUAAUAUUAGAUGACAGAGAGCAGUUUAGCAACCAAAGGUCAAGGAACAGGAGGGUUGUUGAGAGUAUAUGCUCAGACUUCAAAAUCAAAACAGAAUUUAGGCGACUACCUAUUGGAGAUGGAAUCUGGAUAGUGCGGCAUAAGGUUCUUCACAGUGAAUAUGUUCUAGAUUUUAUUGUUGAAAGGAAGAAUAUUGAUGACUUACGCUCUUCAAUACGGGACAAUCGCUAUAAGGAUCAGAAAUUACGGCUUCUGAGAUCUGGACUUAAGAAGCCAAUAUAUCUUGUGGAAGGUGAUCCAAAUAGAUCGGAAGUUGCUGAAAGUAUCAAAACAGCAUGUUUCACAACAGAGAUACUGGAAGGUUUUGAUGUGCAGAGAACUAUUAAUUUACCUGAUACCAUAAAGAAGUACAGCCAUCUUACUAGAGCAAUAACUCAUUACUAUAAAUCAUACCUCCCUGAGGACCCCUCUAGAUGCCCUGGAGUCUGUCCUCUCUAUAACGAAUUCAUCAAAAGGUGCCAAGAGCUGGACAAAAUUACAGUCAGUGAUGUAUUUGCCAUUCAGCUUAUGCAGGUACCACAGGUAACAGAGGAUAUUGCUCUAGCUGUUGUGGAUAUGUACCCGACACUUCUAUCUCUAGCCCGUGCCUACUCCCUUCUUGAUGGUGAUGUUGGUGCACAAGAAGAGAUGCUCAAGAAGCUAAGUAACAACGUGGUCAGUUCUGCUGCAAGUAAGAACAUCUUCAAGUUUGUUUGGGGUGAUUGAGAAUUGCAUUUUUUCUUGUAAUGUAAACAAAACCUUGAUUUUGUGCAAAGCACAACCUUUUUGCUUAUGUAAUUGUUGCUUUUAGUUACAGAAUGUAAAGAAGAUCGAUUAUAUGAAUGUAGCAGGUACAAAUGCAAACUUUGUAAACAUUUUUCUUUGUGGCUGAACUGAAGAACUCUAAAAGCAUCUCAAUGCUUAAAAAUUAGUAAAAAGUGAACAAAUGC